GCCGUGCUGUGUAGCUCUUAAGCAAAUUUUUAUUAUUAAUAAUUUGAUGUUUUAUCGGCAACUAUAGCGGUUGUCUGUACGGUUUUAAAAUUCAUUUCAAGUUCAACCUUCUAGGUAUAACGACUGCUGGUGGACAAUAAAAGUCUGUUUGAAAACUCAACCAAAAAAAUGUCCAAAGAAUUAAACGUGAUGCCCUCGGGCGACGCUGAACUAGACGAGCAAAUCUCCAAUUGGCUUAAUUGGGAUGGCAACCAACUGACAAGGGAUGAAAUUUUGAAGGCCGCUCAUCAUAAGGAAUGGGACACUUUACGUUGCCGACUACUUAAGCGCAUAACUUUUGGCACAGCCGGUUUGCGUGCAGAAAUGCGAGCUGGUUUUGAUUCCAUGAACGAUCUUGUUGUUGUCCAAACCGCCCAAGGUCUUUGUGAGUAUAUCAAGCAACAAUAUCCCAAUGAAUUAGAUUGGUCUGAACGUGGCAUUAUCUUUGGCUAUGAUGCACGUCAUAAUAGCAAACGGUUUGCCGAGCUAUCGGCUUACGUAUUCCUAAGCAACAAGUUCCGUGUUUACAUCUACAAGCGUUUUGCUGCUACACCUAUUGUGCCAUAUAGCAUUACCAGCUUAAAUUGCUUGGCAGGCGUGCAAGUUACCGCGUCUCAUAAUCCCAAGCAGGACAAUGGCUACAAGGUUUAUUGGACCAACGGCGCACAGAUUAUCUCACCGCACGAUUCCGGCAUACACAAGUCCAUUCUAAAUAACUUAAAGCCAAAGCAGGAUUAUUGGAAAAUGGCAAACUUAUGGUAUCAAUCGCUCUUAAGCGAUCCUUAUGAUGACGUGGUGCCCAAAUAUUAUGCUGCACUUAAACAGGAAAUUCCAGCCGAUCUACUAGCAGUCAAUAGCGAAGGCACCUUGAAGUUUGUCUACACUGCAGUGCAUGGCGUUGGUCAUCCCUACGUAAAGCAGGCCUUCGAGCAGGUAAAUCUUAUGCCUUUUGUACCGGUAACCGAGCAGGUGGAACCAGAUCCUGAAUUUCCCACCACACCCAUGCCCAAUCCAGAGGAGGGCAAAGGUACACUGGUACUUGCCAUUAAGACAGCCACAGAGCAGAAUUGUGAAAUAAUUCUAGCCAAUGAUCCUGAUGCAGAUCGUCUGGCAGUGGCUGAAAUUGGCGACAAUCAGGAGUUUAAGCUCUUCUCAGGCAACGAACUAGGUGCGCUUCUCGGCUGGUGGGCGCUCGAGCUGUAUAAAAAGCGUCACCCCACUGGAGAUGUGUCCAACUGUGUCAUGAUUGCCAGCACUGUUAGUUCCAAGAUACUCAAAUCCAUGGCUGCUGUGGAAGGUUUUAUUUUUCACGAGACGCUCACUGGAUUUAAAUGGAUGGGAAACAAGGCCAUUGAGGAACAGCAGGCUGGCAGGCAGGUGCUAUUUGCUUUCGAGGAAGCUAUUGGCUUUAUGUUGUCCACCAAUGUAGUGGACAAGGAUGGUGUUAGUGCUGCAGCACAUGUUGCCACCAUGGCCAACUAUUUGCGAAGUGAAUAUGGCAUGACUUUGCAACAAAAAUUGCGUCAUAUCUAUUUGACCUAUGGUUAUCACACCAGCAUCUGUAGCUAUGUUAUCUGCCAUGAGCAGCCGCUGAUAGAGCAAAUCUUCAAGCGUUUGCGCACCAACAACGACGGCCAGCAGAAUACUUAUCCCGAGAGCAUUCUAAACGGAGAGUUUGAAAUUGAACAUGUGCGGGAUCUGACUACAGGCUAUGACAGCAGCACAGAGGACAACAAGGCCACGCUGCCGGUGAGUUCCAGCUCGCAAAUGAUAACAUUCACCUUUAAGAAUGGUCUAGUGGUUACACUACGCACCAGCGGCACAGAGCCCAAGAUGAAGUUUUAUGCUGAAAUGUGCGGCAAGCCGGAUAAUAAGAACUGGGAAGAACUUACGGCCACUUUGCAGCGUAUGGUAGACGCCAUUGUCGAUGAGUUUUAUGAGCCAGAUAAGCAUGGAUUACAGCGUAAGGCAGCAGAUUAGAAACCCAAGGACCCAACCGAAUCGAUGACCUCUUGAUCUACUAGAUUUUAAUGUUAAGUUCAAUGUCAAAACCAAAUGUGUGUCUAUAAUAUUUAUACAUGUCUAUAAUUUAUUAAUCAAUGUUACGCUCAAAAUCUAUUUAAGCAUAUAUAGUGUUUAUAUAAGCGGAACUUUUAAACAAUAAUAAAUAACUAUAUAUAUA